AAUCUUAUUAUUUAUAAAUGACUUCCAAAAAUAAGAGUCCAAACAAGGCGCUAUCUCUCUGCAAAUCCCCAAAAAGUCCAACCACCACAAACUGAUCGGAGAAAGUACCACCCAACGACCGCCGAUGGGCAUAACAAUCACCGCCGCCGCCGCCGGAGGCGACUCAGAAUCUGCAAUCCACCUGAUCCCCAAAUCAACCAACAACCAGGAGAAGAUCCCGAAAGAUUCGUUCCACUUAGCCUACAUAAUAUACUUCACAUUGGGCGUCGGUUACCUCCUCCCAUGGAACGCAUUCAUCACCGCCGUCGAUUACUUCACCUACCUGUACCCCGGGGAGUCGAUCGAUCGCGUGUUCGCCAUAGUCUACAUGCUCGUAGGGCUCACCUCUCUGCUGUUCAUCAUCGCAUUCGCUCACAAAUCCAACUCCGUCGUGAGGAUUAAUGUAGGUUAUGCGCUGUUCCUGGUGGCGCUGGUGUCGGUGCCGCUGAUUGAUGUUUGGUAUGUGGCAGGAAGAGUUGGGGUGUACGGUGGGUAUUACGCGACGGUGGGGGUUGUUGCAUUGUGUGGGGUGGCUGAUGGAUUGGUGCAGGGCGGUGUAGUUGGGAACGCCGGUGAGUUGCCUGAGAGGUAUAUGCAAGCUGUCGUUGCUGGAACUGCUGCUUCUGGUGUCCUUGUCUCAAUCUUACGAGUUUCAACCAAGGCAAUAUACCCACAAGACGCGGACGGACUAAGACAAAGUGCGAACGUAUACUUCAUAGUCAGCAUAGUAGUAAUGCUUCUGAACAUCGUUUUCUACAACGUGGCACACAGGCUCCCGGUCGUCAAAUACUACAAGAACUUAAAAAGCUUAGCCGUAACCGAAGAAAAAGAACAAAAAGGCGAUAUCACCGGAAAGCUAUGGAGGUCAACGCUAUGGGACAUAGUGGGGUCCGUCAAAUGGUACGGCUCCGGUAUUUUAAUAAUAUACGUCGUCACAUUAAGUAUAUUCCCCGGUUCAGUCACGGAGGAUGUCCACUCGGAUACUCUUAAAGACUGGUAUCCGAUUAUUUUAAUCGCGAGUUAUAAUGUGUUCGAUCUUAUCGGAAAAACUCUGACCCCACUUUAUCUGAUGGAGAAUGCGAAAGCUGCUAUCGGUGCCUCGUUCGGGAGGCUGCUUUUCUUGCCCAUUUUCUAUGUUUGCUUGCAUGGUCCGGAUUUUUUUCAAACGGAGAUUCCUGUGACGAUUUUGACGUGUUUGUUGGGAUUGACGAACGGGUAUUUUACGUGUGUGUUGAUGAUUUUGGCCCCGAAAACUGUGUUGUUGCAGCAUGCGGAGACCGCUGGGAUUGUGCUCGUUUUGUACUUGGUCGUCGGGUUGGCUAUCGGCUCUGUUGUUUCGUGGCUUUGGGUGUUGUAAAUUUGCUUUUGUUUGUAUUUUUCGGUAUGUUUUUUUCCGAAUUCGUAAAUUGGAACUUGAAAAUGUUGUAUUUGUAAUUGGUGUUUUUUCCUUGAAAAGAAUUUGUAUAAAUGUACGAUGUAAUAUUUUUAUGCAAAUUUCAAGAUUAAAAUACGAAGAAUUAUUUA